CUGGACGAAUAACUUGAACACGUGGACGCUGGACGCAAAUGUUUUGGGAGAUUCGAACCACGGGCCACAUAGUGCCCCAGUCACCGCAACGUUUACCUUUGAGAAUGCUGAGCGAAGGGGCGGGUCGCCAACGACCCACUGAAGGGAACCGCGGGGACGGGGCCACGUCAGUGUAGCUCAAAUCUAGCAAAUGACGCCUCAGUGUUGGGGUUGAUUGACAAACUGUUUGGUGACUUCGUCAGGUGGUCUGUCGGGAGAUUAGACGAUCCGGCUGUUGGUUGGUUUCGAUGGGUUCGUCGCACCUUACAAAAGAACACAAAUCAGCUGAUCGCUAUCCCGCCUGAAAGUCAAGGUUGAGGGAUUAAUUUCAUAACUACGCAUGCGCACCUCAGAGGGAGAAAAUGAGCCGCUUUGGAUUCUAUUUCAUUUUUGUCUUCUUGUUAAUUCAAAGUCCGAGUUGUCUCCUCUUUUUGUGCUUCGCCAUUUAUGUUUAUGUCCACUACCGGACGCGGUGACAGUCCGAACUAGCACGAAUGGGGCAAGUUCAAUUUCAAAUUAUUUGGUUGCCCUAACGAGACUUUGACGGGUCUGGGCUCCAAAUUUAACUUUAGGCACAUGAAAACAAGUAAACUUGGUAAGUACAGUAUUAUAGAAAACCAGGCACGUGCACACAAAUUUUGGGGGAAGGCGGUCAAGCCAAGAACGCUGUGCAAAAAUAUUGACUCUUUUUGUGUUUCGCCAUUUAUGUUUAUGUCCAUUACCGAAGGCGGCGAAGCGUGGCAGUCCUAAAUAGCACGAAUGAGGCAAAUUUAAUUUCAAAUUAUUUGCCGCCGACAGCUCGUUCGUACGUCCGUGAUUUACCCGAGGAGGGGGGGGGGGGGUGUGCAGCAGAGUGCUUGUCGGCGGAGGCGGCGCAAACACGAUGACGCGCUAACGCUGCCAAGGCGGUGCGAAUCCGCGCGACGGUCACAAAGUUUGCGGCGGAGAAGCAAGCCGCAAACCAUCCGGCCAAGCCAGCAGCAGAACCAGCAGAAGAAGCUUCACACGCAAUCGCGUCCGGUCCCGAUGGGUCUGUCGCUGUCAAGGUGGCUGCGCGGCGAGCCCCGGCCGUCCCUUUCUUCUGCUUUCCGUCCCGUGGCCGUCCCGAUGUCGUCUCGCCUGGAGGUGCUGCUGAGCGCCUCCGCGGUUCCCCCCGGCGACAGUCGCUCGCGCUGGAGCUCGGUCCACCGCUCUCCUCACUUCCUGCUGUCCGCCGGCGGCGACGAAGCCACGCGUUUGCCCGCCGAGUUGAGCAGCGACGGGGUGAGGGCGGAAAAGGGGGCCAAGGACGGGCUUCACGUUUGGGAAGUGACGUGGACGGCCGAGCUCAGGGGGAGUCACGCCGUCCUGGGCGUCUCCGGGCACCGCUGCCCUCUGCGGGGCUCGGGUUACGCCGUCCUCUUGGGGUCGGACUCUCAGUCCUGGGGCUGGGAACUCCGAACCAAUCGGCUGUGGCACGACGGACAGAGUCGGGGAGCCUACCCGGAAAAGAGGAGGAGGGCGUGCGGCGCUAAUGAGGCGCAGGCCGCCCGCCUCGCCGGGUCGUCCCCGGACGAGCCUGACGGGCCACCGCUCCGCGUCCCCGAGCGCAUCCUGCUGGUCCUGGAUGCCGACGCGGGCACGCUCGGAUUCGUCGUCGACGGCCACUUCCUCGGCGCGGCGUUCGACGGCCUCCCUCGCGGCGCCGAGCUGUUCCCGGCGGCGACCCCCCGGCCCUGAAGGCUUUGUGCGGCCUCCUCAUUCGCCAUCAUUUUGCCCUCCAGAAGCGACAUCAAGUGGGCCAACUGCCUCUUCCGCCUGCUCUGAAGCGCUACCUUCUUUCCGGUCACUAGGUGACCGCUAUCCCGCUGGACCGCAGUGGUGCCGAACGCAAAGCCCGGCCGACGCCCCAGAUCCGGCUUCAAUCGGUCCUGUCAAACAAGGAAUGAUUUUCUUUAAAUGCAUCCGAGACGUAAUAUCCAAUAUUUAUUACAAUGUAACGUAAUGACGCUGUUUCAGAAGAAGAAGAUUUGCACUGUUCCUUUUGUUGUCAUAUGGUCAAAUUAUGUUUGUGCAUCCAAAAUAAAUGACCCGUGAAGGUUGGA